UAUCGUCACUUGCACAGCACAAACUGUGGGCCCUGAGGCACUGUGGGGCCAGGAUAAAAGGCAGCCUAACUGGUGGCUCUCUCAACCACUUCUGUCACCUCCUUCUCCUUGCGAACCAGGUGCGGCGCCAGGCUCCAGACAUGUCCUGCUCUGAGAAGUGCCAGCAGUGCCAGCCCUGCAACCCUUGCAGCCAGUCCUGCGGCCCCUGCCCGCUGGCCAGCAGCUGCAAUGAGUGCUGUGUCAGGCAGUGCCAGAGCUCCCACGUUGUCAUUGAGCCGCCUGCUGUGCUGGUGACCCUGCCCGGCCCCAUCCUCAGCUCCUUCCCACAGAACACCGCCGUGGGAUCCUCCACCUCCGCUGCUGUUGGCAACAUCCUCAGCUCUGAGGGAGUGCCCAUCAGCUCCGGGGGCUUUGACAUCUCCUGCAUCACCAACUGCUAUGGUGGCAGCAGAUGUUGUCGUCCCUGCUAA